UUCGGAAUAGGGAGAAAAUGCAUUUCGAAGAUUAAGAUACACACAACCAUCCGUAAGUGCGUCAGAAUUUUCAGAACCCGCGGUUCGCUGAAACCCACGAAACAAGGAAUUAAAUGUUUGUGUACACCUGAAUGCCACCUCAUAGUAGUUAGCCUUGUGUAAAGCGAAGAAGCGAUCAAUCAAGCUUUUUAAAUAUGUUGUCGGGCCUGCGAAAUACCUUGGAGGCUGUUGCAGUUCUGGCUUCUUUUGGACUAGGACUGGUUGUGCUGAUAUUUGUGGCGACGACGCCGAACGCGGUGGAGGCCACCCAGUCGGGAAUUUAUAUAGACAAUGGCAAGGACCAGACGGUCAUGCACAGGGUGCUCAGCGAGGACGACAAGCUGGACGUGUCCUACGAGAUCCUCGAGUUCCUGGGCAUCGCCGAGCGGCCAGCGCACCUAAGCAGCCACCAGUUGUCGCUUCGCAAGUCAGCUCCCAAAUUCCUGCUAGACGUUUACCACCGCAUCACGGCGGAGGAGGGUCUGGCCAGCGAUAGCGACCGUGAGGAGAAUGAUGGAGCCUCCUACGAAGGUCACCGGUCCAGGAGAAGCGCCGAUCUCGACGAGGACGAGGGCGAUGAUCAGCAGAACAAUUUUAUUACCGAUCUGGACAAGAGAGCCAUCGACGAGAGUGACAUCAUCAUGACCUUUCUGAACAAGCGCCACCACAAUGUGGACGAACUGCGUCACGAGCACGGGCGACGUCUCUGGUUUGACGUCUCCAAAGUGCCCGAUGACAACUACCUGGUGAUGGCUGAGCUGCGCAUCUACCAGAACGCCAACGAGGGCAAGUGGCUGACAACCAACCGGGAGUUCACCAUCACGGUCUAUGCCAUAGGGACCGGAACGCUGGGUCAGCACACCAUGGAAACGCUGUCCUCGGUAAACACCACGGGAGACUAUGUGGGCUGGCUGGAACUGAACGUGACCGAGGGCCUGCACGAGUGGCUGGUCAAGUCGAAGGACAACCAUGGUAUCUAUAUCGGGGCCCAUGCUGUGAACCGACCCGACCGCGAAGUCAAGCUAGACGACAUCGGGCUUAUCCACCGCAAGGUGGACGACGAGUUCCAGCCCUUCAUGAUCGGCUUCUUCCGCGGACCAGAACUGAUUAAGGCGACGGCCCACAGCAGCCACCACCGAAGCAAGCGAAGCACCUCCCACCCGCGCAAGCGCAAGAAGUCUGUGUCACCCAACACUGUGCCCCUCCUGGAGCCAAUGGAAAGCACGCGCAGCUGCCAGAUGCAGACCUUGUACAUAGACUUCAAGGACCUGGGCUGGCACGACUGGAUCAUCGCUCCGGAGGGCUACGGAGCCUUCUACUGCAGUGGCGAGUGCAACUUCCCGCUCAACGCGCACAUGAACGCCACGAACCACGCGAUCGUCCAGACUCUGGUCCACCUGCUGGAGCCCAAGAAGGUGCCCAAGCCGUGCUGUGCUCCGACCAGGUUGGGGGCGCUCCCGGUGCUCUACCACCUGAACGACGAAAAUGUCAACCUUAAAAAGUAUAGAAACAUGAUUGUGAAAUCCUGCGGGUGCCAUUGAAUUCAAAUUACCACUUAGGCUAAGAAAUAUAAAGCAUUUCUGUGUAGAUGUCCAUCUCUGUACUAAUCUCGAAUAUUUUUUAUAGAAAUAUACAGCGCUGUACCUAACUAAAACAA